AUGAGCGGGUUCCUCCUCGUCAGAAUCAACAUCUUCGCGGCCUUUGGGCUGCCGGCCGUGCUGUCUCUUGCGACGAGUGGUGGUGGCGACGGGCAUACUGGUCGUAGAGUCAAGACGCGCUCGUCACAUUUGAUGGUCACACCAAUGGCUCUCAGUGGACCGUCAGCUCUGCGGGACGUCGUCAAUCCUCAAUUCCACCAGAAUAAUUUCCCUGCAGAAAACUAUAUCAAGUCUGACCUAGGCAUCAAACUUGACAAAGACGAUCAAAUAUGUAGACUUGCGCUCACUCCAGCUGGCUGCCCUCUUGGUCCUCUUCAUUGUCCACUACGCCAUACCCUUCCUUCUGUACAAAAUUUCCAGCCACCAAAGCAACAAGCGACCCACACCCGCGACCGGCUGACUACCGUCUGCAAGCAUUGGCUGCGUGGUCUUUGCAAGAAGGGUGAUGCCUGCGAGUUCCUUCACGAAUACAAUCUAAGACGGAUGCCGGAAUGUUGGUGGUAUGCCAAGUACGGCUACUGUUCGACUGGAGAGGAAUGUCUUUACGCUCAUCCUAAAGAGCGACGCGUUGAAUGUCCCGACUAUAAUCGGGGCUUCUGCAGACUGGGCCCAUCAUGUCCACGAAAGCAUGUCCGGCGAGUUGCUUGCCAAAACUAUCUGACUGGCUUCUGUCCGCUGGGACCAGAUUGCCCACGUGGCCAUCCCAAACCAAAUAUCCCACCUCCAGAAGCGUAUGAGACCCCUGCUCCACCAACUCUCGAGGGACCUCCACCUGCUGGUAUGGCCAGAUUUGAACCUUUUGGAGGCGGCUUCACGGGUCCCGUCCGCAGAAACUUGGACGAGGUAAUGUGCUUCAAGUGCGGGGAGAAAGGGCAUUACGCAAAUCAUUGUCGGAAUCGAAAUGUCCCAGGGAACCGUGGAGGACUCGAUAGAGUGACUGGGAAACGGUACGACGAGUAA